GGCAGAAGCCAGCGCUCACGUGCGUGUGUGUCCAGCACAUGGGCCUCACGCCAGCACAGUGCCUGUCUCCCAACCAGAAGCAGACAGCCAACGGGUCCCCAGGGACUGAGGGACAGGUCCCUGGUGCCUGAGAGAGUGGCCGAGACAGGCGGAAAAGUGCGUGAGGAAGCGUCAGGCCAGCAAACAAGGGACCAAGCUCGAAGGACGACGUAGUGUCUUCGUGUGGACGGGAGACCGGGAAAGCGGCAGAGCGCGUUUGCUGGGAAGGUCGGAAGGUGACCUUGAGGGAAGACAGGACGAGAAGAGGUCUGACUCAGAUGCUGCAGUGCUUUCGGGCCGGUCCCUGGGCUUCCCAGGAGACCGUCUGGGCCUCGCCGAGCGCACCGUGCGGGGCUCAGGCAGCGGGCGGGGCUCAGGCACCGGGCGGGGCUCAGGCACAGUGCGGGGCUCAGGCACCGGGCGCGCCUUCGUCCCGCAACCACCAGGGCCCCUCGGCAGCGGGUGACACCACUCCGGUCGUCAUCCGGGGAGGCAGAUGGGACCGGCGUCGGGCGCCUCGCCACAGCCGAAGCUCGAAGACCAGGGACGAAGGCUUCUCCCUCUGGAAGAAAAUAACCUCCGAGGGACUCUGAACCCAGCCGCGCCACCAGCCCGGGGCCGGGAGGAAGAAGCACUUCAGCCGGGGUCUCCUCCUGGUCGUGGCCCCUGGAGGAGCAGGGACACGCGGACUGCAGAGGGAGGACGGGAAGCAGGGAAGGGACACCGGGGAGGUGGGGACAGGGUAUCUGGGGACAUGGGGCUGACGCGCUGGCCGCAUGGAGCGGGGACACUGGACUGUGUGCAGGAGGAAAGCCACGGGUAAACAGGAGGGAAUCAUUAACCAAGAGGGGCCCGGGCCGGCACCGACACCCUCGGGCACCGCGUGGGAGGCCGGGGCCCCCUCCCACGGCGGGAAGAGGGCGGGUGACACCUGCAGUCUGCCGCCCCUCGCUGAGAAGCCAGGGAGAAGCACAACCCGGAGCGGGGGCCGGGGGCGGGCAGGAUGCUGGAGGAGGGGACGCCUGUCUCUGAGAGAAGCCCGUGGUGCUGUUCGAAGUUUGAACCCGUUUCCGGGUAUUUCUGUGACGAAGGAGGCAACAGACGGGACAGAGACGUGAUGGCGGCUCCGGCAGACGGGGCGCCCGCUCGCCCUCAGACCCCGAUCCCGGCUGGUGGCUCCCGGCCUGCGGGUGUGGCCUCCCUCCUCGCUGGGCACGGAGGUCACACCCGGCAAUGGCUCGCCUGACUGGUUCCAUCCAGGCACUUCCUGCCCUGAGCAGACUUUGCCCUCCCUUGGGAGAGGCCGAGCUGCUUGCCGGGUCUGGCCUGGGCUCAGAGGAAGGGGUCGGGAGGAGCCAGGCCUGGGGGAGAGGAAGGAGGAGGGACGCGGGGCCUGGCGGCGGCUGCAUCCACGCACUCGGGCACAGUGUGGCGUCGGCCCUUCUGUGCUGCUGCUCUGGGUACCAACGUGGAUGCCUCGGGUCGGAGUGCGAGGGCUCACGGGUCGGAAGUGUCUGGCUGCCCACAUGGCCACAUUUUAUUCGGCAUGCUUACAGAUGGAAGUCUGAACCCCGAUUCUCAGCCCCCUGGGCAAAGACAGACACGACCCCGUGGCCGCCCGGCAUGGCCCAUCGGCACUCGGACAGCUCCCUGGAGGAAAAGCUGCUAGAAUGCCGCGUCCACUCGGAGCUGCGGCUGGACACCAACGGGAACCCCGUCUCCGGGCUCCCGACGGUCCGGGGGUCCCUGCGGGUCAGGGACAAUGCCGCCUUCCAGCACGACGUCCCGGGGCCCACACCCCUGACCCCCGAGGGCAGGGCGCCGCGGGCCAUCAUCCUGAGCACACAGAGCCCUGCAGCCCUCAAGAUGGGCACUGAGCAGCUGAUCCCCAGGAGCCUGGCCGUGUCCAGCAGGGCCAAGGCCCCGGCCCGCCACCAGAGCUUCGGGGCGGCCAUGCUCAGCAAGGAGGCCGCCCGGCGGGACCCGCAGCUCUUCGUGGCCCCCAGCUUCUCCCUGGACGACAUGGACGUGGACACGGGCCCCGGGGGCAUGCUGACACGGAAGCUGCGCAACCAGUCCUACCGUGCGGCCAUGAGGGGCCUGGGGACCCCGGGCGGCGAGCUGGGGCCCGUCCACCUCAGCCCCAAGCUCCAGGCCCUGGCCGAGGAGUCCAGCCAGCCUCCUGCUCGCCAUGCGGCCAAAAACAAGAGGACGCUGGGGCGGAAACGUGCACACAAGGGCUCCUUCAAGGACGACCCCCGCUUCUACCAGGAGAUCCGGGAGCGAGGCCUGAACACCAGCCCAGAGUCUGACGACGACUUGCUGGAUGAGCCUUGCAGCCCCGAGGGGACCCGCAAGGUGGCCGCCCCCAUCGUGGUCAAAACCUACCGGCCCCCGCAGGUCACCUGGAGCCAGCUCCCGGAGGUGGUGGAGUCGGGCAUCCUGGACACGCUGCCGGCCGAGGAGCGCAAGAGGCAGGAGGCCAUCUUCGAGAUCCUCACGUCCGAGUUCUCCUACCAGCACAGCCUGGGCAUCCUGGUGUCCGAGUUCCUGCAGUGCAGGGAGCUGCAGGCGGCCAUGACCCAGACGGAGCGGCACCACCUGUUCUCCAACAUCCUGGACGUCCAGAGCGCCAGUCAGAGGUUCUUCGAGGACCUGGAGCGGCGGCACAAGGAACAGGUGUGCGUGGAGGACAUCAGUGACAUCCUGGAGGAGCACGCCGAGAGACACUUCCACCCCUACGUCGCCUACUGCGCCAACGAGGUCUACCAGCAGCGCGCCCUGCAGAAGCUGACGAACAGCAAUGCCACCUUCCGGGAGGUCCUCCGCGAGAUCGAGAAGCGGCCCACGUGUGGGGGCCUGCCCAUGAUCUCCUUCCUGAUCCUCCCCAUGCAGAGGGUGACCCGGCUGCCCCUCCUGAUGGACACGCUCUGCCUCAAGACCCAGGGCCACCCCGAGAGGUACAAAGCUGCCAGCCGUGCGCUGAAGGCCAUCAGCAAGCUGGUGAAGCAGUGCAAUGAGGGGGCCCACAAGAUGGAGCGCACGGAGCAGAUGUACACGCUGCACACGCAGCUGGACUUCAGCAGGGUGAAGUCCCUCCCGCUGAUCUCCGCCUCCCGCUGGCUGCUGAAGCGUGGGGAGCUCUUGCUGGUGGAGGAAGCUGGGCUCUUCAGGAAGCUCGCCAGCCGGCCGACGUGCUACCUGUUUCUGUUCAACGAUGUCCUGGUGGUCACCAAGAAGAAGAGCGAGGACAGCUUCGUGGUCCAGGACUACGCCCAGGCGGACCACGUCCAGGUCCGGAAGAUGGAGGCGUCCGAGCCGUCCCUGCCCGGGGGCGGCAGCCGCGGCUCCUACGUCCCGUACCCCUUCCGGGUGACCCUGCUGCGCAACAGCGAGGGCCGCCAGGAGAAGAUCCUGCUGUCCUCCGACUCCGCGAGUGACCGGGCGCGGUGGAUCACGGCCCUCACACACUGGGAGAGGCAGGGGCAGGACCCAACCCCCAGGGGAGACCUGCUCCAGGUGGAAGUCACCAGGGCCUACUUGGCCAAGCAGGCAGACGAGGUCACGCUGCAGCAGGCGGACGUGGUCCUGGUUCUGCAACAGGAGGACGGGUGGCUGUACGGCGAGAGGCUGAGGGACGGCGAGACGGGCUGGUUCCCCGAGGACUUCGCCCAACACAUCACCAACCGCGGGGCCGUGGAGGGCAACGUGCGCAGGCUGCAGCGGCUGCGGGUGGAGACGGACGUGUAGCCCGUGCGCCCGGCUCCAGGCCGCUCAGCAGCCCGUGCUGGGCUCCGGGGGGCGCGUGGGCCUGUCCCCGAGCCCGAGCCCUCCUGGACCCCAAGGCCCCGGAGCGGCAGCAACAACUCCAGACACUUCCCAGGAAGAGGAUCACACUCGCCCCCCAUCCCACCCCCGGGGAGCACCCCCAGACAAGCUCAGGGGCCGCGCCAGCCCUGACCGCUGGCCAAGCCCCUGGGAGGAGCCUGGCUGGCCCUGUCCCUCCUGUGCCACCGGCAAUGAGAGGCGGAUGGUCCCAGGGACACGGGAGGACACUGCCAUCUCCCUCCCGCACUGCUCCCGCCUCGUGCAGACGAGGAGUGCCCGGGGCUGCCCGCCUUCCGAGAGGAGGCUGGAGGGAGGUGGCCUGGGGCGCCAGCUCCGCACUUGUGACUUUGAGGUUUCCAGAGAGAUUAAAGUGUUUCUAGAACACCUGAGUUUCCACAGCGACUCUGAGCCCAGGCGAAGGCCACACGAGUCCCCAGGAGGUUCUCGAAGUGCCUCGGGCCGGGGCUGGGGCUGGGGCUGGCCCCCACUCACGGUCACUCUGGGUUUGUCCUUCGCCUUGGUCGGUCUGUCCCCCUGGAGUGUCCUGGGUAAGACCAGUGGGUGUGGGGGCUGGAGGACACAGCAGAGCCUGUGGGAACCCUCACCACCUCUGCUCCCCCGGGAUGGGGGCCGCGCAGAUGGGAGAGGCAGGCAGACCGCUGGGCUGGGGAGGAGGGUCCUGCUGGGAGUGGUGAACAGUUUUUCUGGGGGCAGAGGGGGUGCUGUUUUCUGCCUCCCCAUGCCAGUCCUGUCCCCACGCUGGGGCAGUGCUGUCCUUGGGGUAGGGGCUCCCAGCAGUCUGUGUCUGCCACGUCCCACUGGGGUGCCAGCUUCUAAUGAAAGCUGGAGGUGCAGCCCCCACCUGGAAGUGGGGGCUGGGGAGGCCAGGCUCUGUGCGGCUCAGCCCUGGGGCCAGCGGCAGCCUCAGGCUCAGGCUCAGGCUCAGGAGCAAAGGCCUGGAUGGCGGGGCGAGUGAGGGGUGGAGCUUCUCCAGCAGUCCCUGGAGCAGGUGGUGGAAAGGGCUCAUCACCGCAGAGUGGGCCACUCCACCCCACACCUCCAAGGUCACCUCCAUGGCCUCGGGUGGCCAGAAGGGCCUGGCCCACUCAGAGCCAAGCAGGACCCUCCUGGGCCGCUUUGCCAGAUGGGGGGUGGGGGAAGGGGCAAGGCCGGGCUCAGGGAGAGGCAUGGUCUGGGGGGCUGGGGCCCCAGGGGGGCAAGCUGGUGGCCCGCGCGUUGGCAGGUGCGUGUGUGUGUGCGCGUUAGGAGCUGGCGGGCAGUGUUUGUACGAGCCGAACUGCCCCAUAACCCGCCUGUUCUCAGCGCUCACCCCGUAACCCGCCUGUUCUCAGCGCUCACCCCGUAACCCGCCUGUUCUCAGCGCUCACCCCCAAGCUCCCAGGCGGGCAGGCCGCCCCUUCCCACAUCCCCGCCAAGCGCAGUUCCAGUCAGUGGAGCAAAGUGGGUUUGGAAGCGCUGAGGCCUUGUCCCCAAUGUCGUGACCUGGGGCAGGGAUGUGCCCUCCGGCCUGACUCGGUCUGCGUGGUUGAAGGCCCCUCUGCACCAUCAACAGCAUAAACAAAGAGCAAGAAUGCUUGGCCUGGAGGAAGGUCGUCCUGGACGCUGCCGGGAGGGGCAGCCACCUGGGGAGGACGGGACCCUUCCACGGGGGUCAGGCCAGCUGUGCGUCCCGUCCUGCUGCAGGUCGGGAAAUGAAGGCCCAAAGAUCCUUUGUCCACUGCUGGGGUCACCGAGCUUGCAGGGGGGUGAGGCUUCCUAGGACAACAGCUGACCCAGCCCACCCACAGGGACCUCGUGCCUGGGGCACGUGCAGAGUGGCGGAAAGUGGGGGCUGGUCAGGGCCUUGCAACUGAACCCCUUCCCCAGAGCCGUCCUGGGCACCCCCGCCCAUCCCUGGGGACGUGGAGCAAAGGCGUGAGGCGCACAAGUGGGCAGGCCUGCAGUCGGCACCCCCUCUACUCUGCAGCCACCUUGCUGUGUGUCCGCAUGUCCCUGAACC